AUGUUCCUGUGGCUGCUGCUGGCACUGAGCAUCUGCGCCCACCCUGGCACAGCUGUGUCCCCAACUGUCCCCCCACGCCACAUGGACUCGGUGCUCGACAUCCUGGAUGCCCUCGAGUCCCCAGCCCGGGGCGGCUCCCCCGGCGCCGCCGCGGCCUUGGUGAGGCGGCUGGGAGUCUGCAGCACCCCGGGGUGCCGGGCGGUGCUGGGCGGGCCCCUCGGGACCCCCGAACGCCCCCCGGCUCUCACCCCGGGCCAAUGGCAGCUCCUGACCGAGCUCCUCCACCACGACCCGGCGACACCGGAGCUGGGGGCGGUGCUGGCGCCCGACGGCUCCACGGUGGCCCUCGGUCCCCUCCUGGCCGGCAUCGAGGCGGGGCUGAGAUCCGGCGGGUUUGGGCGACCCCUCCCCACCCUCGACCCGCCCGCCGACCCCCUCUGGGCUGUCACCAUCACCGAGGCUUUGGGGACAUCCUUCCUGCUGGCGCAGGGGAGUGACCACAACGCCACCGCGUUGGGACCCGGCGGCUGCUGGGACGACGUGGAGAACCCCCAAAAUUACACCUUGAGGGGUCCCCCGUCCCCUGUCCCCGACCCUGUGGCCAUCGGGGCCAUGGAUGGGGCAGUCCUGGGGGCGCGGCUGGCCCGGGGACCCCUCCCGGUGGCCGAACUGCUUCGGGGCUACUACGGGACCGGGAAUGGCUCGGAAGUGGGGAGACCCCCCAGCAGUUACCGGCGCCGGAAUUUUGGGGCACUGGCGGGACAGGGACGACUGGAGAAGGAGGUGGCAGCGGUUUUGGAGCUGCUGAGGACGCUGUCGCCCACCUCGGAGCUCCUGAGAGACGUGGGGACACAGGAGGUGGCAGCCGUGGCUCAUAGGGCAGCGCGGGAGUUCAGCGAGCGCUACGUGGAGUGCCCGGCCAUCAUGCCGCGCUGCCUGUGGGGUGCCCGUCCCUACCGGGGCACCCCGGCCCCGCUGCAGCCCCCGCUGGGCUCGGUGUUCCUGCACCACACCCUGGAGCCAUCCCGGCCCUGCCAGACCUUCGGCGCCUGCGCCCGCGCCAUGAGGGAAAUGCAGCGCUUCCACCAGGACACCCGCGGCUGGGACGACAUCGGCUACAGCUUUGUGGUGGGCUCGGAUGGGUACCUGUACGAGGGCCGGGGGUGGCACUGGGUGGGUGCCCACACCAAGGGCUACAACACCCAAGGCUUCGGCGUUGGCAUCGUUGGGGACUUCACGGCCACCCUGCCGGACCCCGACACGCUGGCCCUCGUGCGGGACGAGCUCCUGCCCUGCGCCGUCCGCUUCGGCCACAUCCGGCCGGACUUCAUCCUGCGCGGCCACCGCCAGCUCGGCCACACCGACUGCCCCGGCAACGCCCUCUUCGAGGAGAUCCAGAGCUGGCCUGGCUUCCAGGGGACACCAGUGGCACGGGGACUCAGGAUGGAGGUGAAAGCCCUCCCGGCCACCCCCGAGCCCCCCGCCCUACUGAAGAACUACAAUACUAGAAGUGGGAAAUGCACGGACAAGACCAAUCGACCAGUGGAUGAUGAUGAUGAUGAUGCAGCAGAAGAAACCUCAAUGCCUCCUGACAUAAAAUCAGGAGUCAAAGCAGCAGGUGCAAGACCAGAUGCAAAUGUUGAGUCCUUUUCCCUGAAGGACCUUUGUGGCUUACGGAAGGAUUACACCUGA